AUGAGGCGGAACAGCCAAUCAGGUUCCGGUGGGCCUAUGCAAAUGAGGCCUGUCAAAGAACCAAUCAGAUUCCUUCAGGGCUUAUGCAAUGAGGCGGAACAGCCAAUCAGGUUCCGGUGGGCCUAUGCAAAUGAGGCCUGUCAAACGACCAAUCAGAUGCCUCCGGGGCUCAUACAAAUGAGGCGGAACGGCCAAUCAGGUUCCAGUGGGCCUAUGCAAAUGAGGCUUGCCAAAGAACCAAUCAGAGCCCAGCCCCGACUCGGGGCGCCCGCCUCGCGCUUCUGGCCCCCCGGAGAGCCCCCGAAGAUCGUCACCGAUUUUCCGCAAAACGUCGCCGUGGCCGUGGAUGGAGACGUUGUUUUGGGGUGUAAGGCCACCGGCAAGCCCGAGCCCCUCGUCACCUGGACCAAGGUGGACACAGGCGCCCUGCUGGCCCCAAACACGCGCGUGGGCCGCUUCGAGGUGCGCCGGGACGGCACGCUGGUCAUCCGGGGGGCCGCGCCCGAAGACCGCGGCCGCUACGCCUGCGCGGCCCAGAACCUGCACGGGGCGGCCCGGAAGUCGCUCGCGCUCUCGGUGGACCUCCAAGCGCCUCGCGUCGUCCCGGCGCCCGAAAAGGACGUCACCGUCUCCUGGGGAGACACCGUCUCCCUGGCGUGUCUCGCACGAGGGACCCCGACGCCCCGACUUUCCUGGAUCUUCCCGGACGGCCUCCCGGGGCCCCGAGAGACCCCGGGGGGGCCCCAGAAAAUCACGGUACACCCCAAUAAAACUCUCACGAUCCGGGGCGCCGACUUCUCGGACCGCGGCGUCUACAAGUGCGUGGCCAGCAACGCGGCCGGCGUGGACGUCGGGGCCGUCCGCCUGCACGUGGCCGCGCAGCCCCCCGAAAUCCGCGAGGAGAAGGCGGAGAACGUCUCUGUGGCCCCCGGUGUCGGGGUCCGCCUCCCCUGCUCGGCGCGGGGCGCCCCGGCCCCCCAACUCCGCUGGGUGCUGCCCGACGGGGCCCCCCUGCGCCCCUCGCAGGCCCUCCGCGGCCGCUUCUACGUCCUCCCCGACGGCGCGCUUUACGUACGGCGCCCGGCUCCGCGUGACGGCGGGCGCUAUGACUGCGUGGCCGACAGCACCGCGGGGUCCGCGCGGAGGAGCGUGUGGCUGGCGGUGGAGCCCCAAAACUCGGACGACGACACGCGUGCGGCCGGGGGAACCCCGGAAAGUGCGGACGUAGAUUUCGGGGCCACGCUGCGUCUCCCCUGCGGCGCAGCCGGGCACCCCGAACCCCGGGUUCUCUGGAGGCUGCCGUCCAUGCAGACGGCCGACGUGUCCUUCAGCCCGGACCCCAGGGUCCAAGUCUUUCCCAAUGGUACCUUAGUGGUCAACUCGAUGACCCAGGAGGACGCCGGCGACUACCUCUGCAUGUCCCGCCGCGAGGCGGGCGACGACUUCGCGCUGGUCCGGGUUCGAGUCGCGACGCGGCCGGCCCACAUCGAACCCGGGGCCGCCGGAGGAGACCAGCAGGUGCUGGACGGCGCGGACCUCCGCGUGGACUGCGUCGCCAGCGGCCUCCCGAGCCCGGACAUCACCUGGACCUUGCCCGACGGCAGCUUGGCAAACCUGGCCACGCGUUCGAACCCUAACGCCCAGCGCUAUGCCGUCUUCCGCAACGGGACGUUAUUUCUUCACGCGGCGGGCCCGGCCGACGCCGGGGAGUAUAUAUGCGUCGCCGAAAACCGAGCCGGCCGGGACGAGAUGCGAGUUCGAAUCCGCGUCCUGAGCGCGCCGGCCGCCAUCCUGGACAAGACGUAUUCAGUGCUGGAGGUCCCUUACGGGGACGUCGCGACGGUGACCUGCGAGGCCCAGGGGGACCCCGCGCCCCUCCUGAACUGGCUGUCCCCCACUCACCACCGAAUUCCGGAGUCGUCGGAAAAAUACCGGAUCGACGAUCGCGGCACGUUGAUGAUCCGCAAAACCAGGAGGUCGGACAGCGGCAACUAUACCUGCGUGGUGAGAAACCGAGGCGGGGAGGACCGCAAGACGGUGUGGCUUCACGUACAGGUCAGUCCCCCCAAGAUCAACGGCCACCCCAACGCGGUCACCGCCGUGAGGGAAGUGGCCGUCGGAGGGAGUCGCAAACUGAUACACUGCAAGGCCGAAGGCGUGCCCGCCCCUCGCGUCCUCUGGGCCUUCCCGCAAGGCGUCGUCCUCCCCGCGCCGUAUUUCGGCAACCGGGUCAGCGUCCACCGCAACGGGACGCUGGACAUCCGGAGCUUGAGGAGAAGCGACGCGGUGCAGCUGGCCUGCAUCGGACGCAACGAGGGCGGUGAGGCACGCUUGCUGGUGCAGCUGACCGUCCUGGACGCGGUGGACGCGCCGUCUUUCCGCGACCCGCCGCGCGAGGAGAUCACCGCGACCGCCGGCCACACCAUCAGCCUCGGCUGCUCCCUGGACGGCCGAACGCCGGCCACCAGAUCCUGGCGUCUCCCCGACGCCACAGAGCUUCGAGCCGGACAGCGCCGGAUGCGUUUCCACCACGCGUCUGCCGACGGCCGUCUCCACAUCGCGGCCCUGGCGUCCACCGACGCCGGGGUCUACCGCUGCGAGGCCCGGAACGCGGCCGGCCAGGCGGAGCGCUUGGUUGUCCUCACGGUGGGUCAGGGUCCCCCCCAGGACGACCCCCGAUACCGGAAUCUGGUGUCCAUUCUGCACGGGGAGACGCUGACCUUGCGCUGCCCUUCGCCGGACGCCGGCGUACCCCGAUUCUCCUGGACACUGCCCAGCGGCCAGACCCUGGACCGGCCCCAAAUCCAGGGCCGCUAUUCCCUUUUCCUCAACGGGACGCUCGCCGUGAGGAACGCCUCCGUCUUCGACCGGGGGACGUAUAUAUGCCGGGCAGACUCGAACGCGGGACCUCGAGUGACCAGCUUUCCGGUCAUCGUGAUGGCCUACGCCCCGCGCCUCACCGGAGAGGACACGCCCGUCGUCCACGCGCGUCGGGGUUCGAGCGUGACGCUCCCCUGUCUGGCCGUCGGGCUCCCGAAACCUGAACUGACCUGGGAGUUUCCCGAUGGCUCUAAAAUAAAAGUGGGGGGCCAGGCUCGGUCUUUCGGGCACCGGCUACUCCACGCCCAAGGGACGCUGACCGUCCAGCACGUCACCCCGAAAGACGCCGGACCCUACAAAUGCAGCGCCACCAACGUCCUGGGUUCAGAUUCCAGAACCACUGACAUUCAAGUUUAUUGA